UCUGGCCUCAGCCAGAUUUCCCAGCCAAACGCGGGAGGAGAGAUGCCCUGGACUGUCCUGCUCUUUGCAGCUGGCUCCUUGGCAAUCCCAGCGCCGUCCAUCUGGCUGGUCCCCCCACACCCGAGCAGCCAAGAGGAUCCCAUCCACAUCUCAUGCAUGGCCCCAGGGGGCUACAUGGGGGCAAAUUUCACGCUGUACCGAGGCGGGCAUGUGGUCCAGUUCCUGCAGGCCCCUGCAGACCAGCUCGGGGUCACUUUCAACCUGAGUGGUGGCAGCAGUGAGGCUCCAGGGGGACCAUUUCACUGCCAGUAUGGCGUGAUGGGUGAACACAGCCAGCCCCAGUUGUCAGACCUCAGCGAGCCUGUGCAGAUCUCCUUCCCAGUGCCCACUUGGAUCUUGACGCUGUCCCUGAGCCUCGUUGGAACCCUCCUCCUCCUCACUGGGCUGGUGGCUGUCACCCUGGUGGUCAGAAAAGUUAAAGAAAAAAAAUUACAGAAGAAAAGAGAGCAAGAAUCCUGCUGGGCCCAGAUUAACUUCGCCACCACAGACAUGUCCUUUGAUAACACCCUGUUUGCCAUCUCCACGAAAAUGACUUUAGAAGAAGACUCGGCCACCCCUGAUGCUCAUCCCAGCAACUCUGGGCCCCGGAAGAGGCCCACCUCCACGUCCUCUUCGCCUGAGCCCCCCGAGUUCAGCACUUUCCGGGCCUGCCAGUGAGGUUGAGGACUGGAGGCUCCCUCUGUCUGCGUCCCUUCAGGGCCUGUGGUCUCUCCAGCUACUUCUGGGGGGGUUCCAGCUGCUGCUUUCUCAGGGAAUUGAACAGAGGAGAUGAAGGGGACCCCACCCUUGAGACCUUCCUCACAGAAGAGUGGGAGAGGGGCAUAGACAUCGGCCUGGAGGCUGGACAGAAAGCAGGAAGCCCCUCUUUGGAUUCCCGGCUUCUCAGGACUACCAGGGAAGGUAUCAGGAUCCCUUCCAAUCCCCAGCUGGACAUAAGAGGUCCUCCCUCUCUGAACACCCCUCCAGCCCCCACUCUCCCCGGCCGCAGCCGACUUGGGCACCUGCUUCUUUGCCUGGGUUUUUUGAGCACAGGGUAGCUGGGGGGUGUGUUUUGGGUGUCUGCCUUCUGGCAUGCAUAAGUUAUUAAUUAUACCACGUAUUGAGGUGUUC